GGAUUGGUGUAUUGGCAACAGAUGUACGCUGCUGGAGGACACCUAACAAGGAUAUUUCGUUAUUACUGAGUUGUGUGCUCGUUAAAUGUGCGUUAUAUUUGUUGCCGACUAAUUAAGUCGACACCGUUUUGAAGAUGAACGUGAGCAAAUUAGUCGUGACAGAGUCCUAAAGCACAAGGGAGAAUCUUUCACAAACCCGCUGCACAGGGUCACUGCAGAUUUCAGGUUCAGCGAAUAUUAUCACAUUGGCCAUUUGCUGACCAGAUUGACAUCUGUUCACCAUGAGGUUUGCAGUGGCACUCCGUGCUGUUGCUUUGGUUCUUUUGUUGGGCUUUACCUGGCUUCUAGCAAAUUCUAUGCUAGGAGGGGAUGGGAACUCCUUGAUACGGAUGCUGUUUAGUGGUGGACAAGAAGAGCCCACUCCAGAACCACGACCACGCAAGUACAAAUGUGGCCUGUCUGCACCAUGUCCCCCCAAACAUCUCGCCUUCCGGUUGACCUCUGGUGCUGCCAAUGUCAUCGGCCCCAAAAUCUGUCUGGAGGAUAAAAUUCUUGUCAGCAGUGCUAAAAACAAUGUUGGCAGAGGGCUCAAUGUUGCCUUAGUAAAUGGGGUUAAUGGAGAUCUUUUGGAAGUAAAAGCAUUUGAUAUGUGGGCAGGAGAGGUUUCAGAGCUGCUGAAGUUCCUUCGUCCUCUACAUGAAGGAACACUAGUAUUUGUUGCUUCUUUUGAUGACCCGGCCACCAAGUUAAAUGAUGAGGCUCGACGGCUGUUUGAGGAGCUGGGGAGCACAGCAGCGAAAGAACUGAGCUUUAGGGAUAGCUGGGUGUUUGUUGGAGCCAAAGGAAUAGAAAAUAAGAGCCCAUUUGAACAGCGAAUGAAGAACAGUAAAGGCAGUAAUAAAUAUGAAGGCUGGCCCGAGUCUCUGGAGAUGGAUGGCUGCAUUCCUCUGCGCGCUCCUUUAGAAACUUAAGGCCUCAUGGGUGCUUUGAACUUUAUGAACACUUCAAACACGAGGAUCAAGGAGCACUGUGUACAAGUACAACUCGGCUGCCUAAAGAUUUUACUCAUUGGAUGGUUCGAAGUGGAUUUUCCUUGUAGAGCUGUCUACUUCUUUUCAAGGCGAAGAAACAAAUUGAAUUGAAAAUAUAACUGGAAGUUGUCUGGUCCGGUGGAAUUAGAAUUGUUUUGAUUAACAGAAGAAGAAUUGUUGUUUUUUAUGAAGAAAAAAUACAGGCACAUUAAAUGUUUUUUAACAAUAUUUAAAUGGUAUGUUUAGAAAAAAUGUGUGAAAUUGAUACUGUAUAAAAUCUGUGCCUAGAGGUUGUUCUGAAGGAUUCCAUUAAUAUGCAUUUAUGUUUAAAGACAGAUUAUUAUAUACACAUUGAAGAAUGUCCAGAGAGUCCAUUAAAAAUGGUCACCUGUUUCUAAUCCAUGCUUGUAAUGAGAUCAGUUUCAUAAGACUCAUCUCAAUUAAGUUGCACCAAUGUUCUUCCGUGUGUAGUUUUUGUUCUUUGUAUGAUGAAAUGAAAUGAAAUGCACUGCAUAGACAACCUUUGCUGGGAAUCAACCCAAACAUAAAGGUUAUUCAUGUAGUUUUAUUUAGGACAGCCUUUUUUGGGAGGAUUACGUUUGUCUUAUCUCAUAAUAAACUCUCACAGAUGUUUAUCCCCUCGUGUUUGAGCAGCGUAUCGGUUGGCUUUUUGAAACGCUCUAUUUUUGCAGUCACUGAAACGCAAUGGGGUUUUGGCUAAUAAUACAGUUUGUACCAAGGAAGUGACUUGUGGUUGCCUCUUUUGCAUACUUCUCACUUUUCAGUUCACGUGCGCACAGUAAACCCUUUUACGGAAUCUCGUGAUCACGUGUGCUGUGUUAAAAAACACCCAAACAAGCACCAUGGACAGCGGCAUUACUGUUCUCAUACACUAGAGGGCAGCAGAGAAGGAAG